CAAUGUCAAUAUAAAAGUGGCACUGGAUCGACACAACACACCGUGUCUUCUGCGUGUCAUCUAAUCAAGCUUCACCAUCAAGCUAAACCAGCGUAGCCAUGACCAGGAUCAUCUUCUAUGAGGACAGGAACUUCCAGGGUCGCAGCUAUGAGACCAGCAGCGACUGCCCCGACCUCAACAUGUACCUAAACCGCUGCCAGUCGGUCAGGGUGGAAAUGGGCUGCUUCGUCAUCUACGACCGCUCCAACUUCAUGGGCAACCAGAUGUUCCUGAAGAGGGGAGAGUACUCCGACUUCCAGCGUAUGGGCUCCAUGAUGGGCAUGGGGGAUAUGACCAUGCUGGAGUCCAUCCGUUCCUGCCGCAUGAUCCCAAUGCACCGGGGACAGUUCAGAAUGAGGCUGUACGAGAAGGAGAGCUUCGGAGGCCAGAUGCACGAGCUGAUGGAAGACUGCGAGUCCAUCCAGGAGCGUUACCGCAUGUCCGAGAUGCAGUCCUGCAACGUGAUGGACGGACACUGGCUCAUGUACGAGCAGCCCCAUUUCAGAGGCAGGAUGAUGUACGUGAGGCCUGGAGAGUACAGGAGUAUCAGAGACAUGGGCAUGAGCACCAUGAUGAGAGUUCGCUCCAUCAGAAGGAUCAUGGAUGCCUGUGAGGGUCAGCGGCAUUGAUGCCUGAGAUUCCUGCUGUCCUGACAUCCAAAAGGCUGCUAAAAGGCACAAUUCUCAUUGAAUGUAAUAAAACUCUUAUUUUGAAGUA